AUGCCUUCUCGAACAAGGCAUGCGACCGCCACUGACCGGCUUGUCCAAGGAGAUAAAGCAGAGGAGAAGGUCAAGGCCGAACAGGACAAAGAGGAGGAGGAGGCUGCUGAGAGCAUUCAUGAUGACCUCCCUGUUCCGACUGCCUUCGAGAUCCAGUCGCUGCUGAUGGAGCUCUGCGACGAGACCAACAUCGCCGAGCUCAGAAUCAAGAUCGGCAAGAUGGAGCUGCACGUGCUGAGGGACGUGGGCGGGGUCAAGGCCGCGCAGGCGCAAGCCUAUGCGCCGCACGCCCCCCUUCCCCCCAUGUUCGACUCGCUUUCGCCCACGUCCCUGGCUGCUGCCUCUGCCCCUCCUGCGCCUGUUGCUGCGCCUCCUGCUGUGGCUGAGAGCGAGGCAGGCGUGGAUGAAGGGCUUCAAUACGUGACCUCGCCACGAGUGGGAAUUAUGCGCCGUGGUCGGCAGGUCAAGGGCAAGAAGGGCAAGCCGCUAGUCGCUGAGGGCUCGGAGAUAAAGAAGGGGCAGGUGGUGUGCUAUCUAGAGCAGCUUGGAACCCAACUCGCGAUCGAGUCGGAGAAUGCAGGAGAGGUGGUCAAAUUCCUGGUGGAGGAUGGGGAUGCGGUUGGGUUUGGCGAUGCUCUUGUGGCAAUUCGACCCUCUUUCCCAGGAAUCAAGAAGCUUGCAUUGUAG